AUGUCAUUCCCAUUCCAAUCAGGUGAUGAUGUUAAACUACUUCAACAAGAAAAGGAAGCAACAUUGAAAGUUUUCAAUAAUGCUGUUGCAUGGGAAAUUGGUCAAUUAGCAAGACAAAAGGUUCUUGCAAAGAACCCCAAUGCAAGUGCUGUUAUUGAUAUUUCACUCUUGACUGGCCAUAAGUUGUUUAGAGCUGCUGUUGGUUCCGAUACUGCCUUGGAUAAUGAAUCGUGGGUUGAAAGAAAGGUGAAUGUUGUCCGUAGAUUUAACCAUUCUUCAUUCUACCACCAAGCAAAAUUAACUUGUAAUAAUAAACCAAACACCUUAAAUGAAGCUGAAUACGCUAUUCACGGUGGAAGUUUCCCAAUUCGUUUACAAAAUAGUGAUUUUGUGAUUGCUACACUUACUGUAAGCGGAUUGAAGCAAAAUGAAGAUCAUGAAAUUGUUUACGAAACCUUGAAAGAGAUUGGGAACUCACAAUAG